AGGGGCGGCAGGACUGCACCGCUGCACACCGAUGAAACGCCACAUCCACCCGGACUGGAGUGGACCAAUCACCGCCGGGACAAGAGCAUCAAGAGAGCACCAGUUGACGGUGGCGGCUUUGCUAUCCCACGGAUGUCCAGAUGCUCCCUGAAUCAUCACCAUGCAGAAAGAGGGCAGCGCAUAUUAGUCACCUAUGAGCGAUGGAUGAUGUAAUUAUGUCUGGGUCUUCCAGCAGACCAUGGCGCUAAGUGGAGUCGCAGAGUGGGAAAAACUGCUUUCUCAUAAGCGUUCCGGCCUCAUUUAUUGACAUUGCCGAGGACCGGAGCCGAUGUCAAGCAGAGGCGCCAUGAAGUGACCUCACACUGAUAAGUGGCACGGCCAUGGAACUUAAUCGCAAGUGGACUCUUAUCGUUGUGUGUGAGGUUACGUGAUCUUUCCAAAGCGUGGGCGGAGAGCUGUUUAAAUCAGAGAAGUGACUAAUUUUGAUGCGAGACGCAGCCAUGUUGCGGCGUGGGCUCCUGGCAUGGGUGUCCCGCGUGGGCGCUGUGCUGGUGCUCCUGUGCUGCUCCUUGUCCCUCCUCUACGUGAUGACCUGCAGUCCACUGCACUCAGACGACCAGCCACUGAGUCACGCCUUACCCCACGCUGGUGCCAAUCAGCUCAGCCUGGGUGCUACAAGGCCCGUGGUGGGGGCAGGCGUGGCUGGAACUGGGCGAGCUGCCCAAAGCGGGGGACCCUCGGUGGUCCACUCCUACCAGGCGCUACUACAAGAGCGUGAGGAGCAGCACCGUCUGCACAUCUCCUCACUGAAGAAGCAGAUUGCUCAGCUCAAAGAAGCAUUGCAGGAGCGCAGCCAGCAGCUCAAAGGUGUACAGGACAGCCUGAAGAGGGCCGUCGCCGGGGGCCCGCCAGAGGGGCACGGAUCACAGGCGAGCGACCUCGGAGAUGCCCAGGGAGCCAAAAGCCAACAGGCGGACCUCCAGGACUUUCUGAGGAGCCAGCUCUCCAAAGCCGAGGUGACGGCCGGGGCCAGGCUACCCAGCGAAUAUGCGGUGGUGCCCUUUGAGAGCUUCACCCUGCAGAGAGUCUACCAGCUAGAGAUGGGCCUGACACGUCACCCUGAGGAGAAGCCUGUGAGGAAGGACAAGCGGGACGAGCUGGGCGAGGUGCUGGAGGCCGCCCUGCACAGCCUCAACACACCGCCGGCCCAGCUGGACGGCAAGAGUAGCAAAGUCUACUCGCAGUCUGACUUUAUAGAAGGCAUCACGCGCACAGAGAAGGACAAAGGGACAGUGUACGAGCUGACCUUCCGUGGGGAAUCCAGUCGGGAAUUCCGCCGCCUGGUCCUCUUCCGGCCCUUUGGACCGCUGAUGAAGGUGAAGAGCGAGCGGGUGGACACGGAAGACGUGCUCAUCAACAUCGUGGUGCCGUUAUCCCGACGUACCGACAAGUUCAAGCAGUUCAUGCACAACUUCAGGGAGGUGUGUGUGCGCCAGGACGGCCGCGUCCACCUCACGGUGGUAUAUUUCGGGAAGGAGCAGGUGAACGAGGUCCGCCGUAUUCUGGAGAACACGUCCAGGGAGGCACACUUCCAAAAUUACACUCUAAUGCAGCUGGAUGAGGAGUUCUCCCGAGGUCGGGGUCUGGAUGUCGGUGCGCGGGCAUGGAAGGGUGGCAACGUGCUGCUCUUCUUCUGCGACGUGGACAUCUACUUCACCUCCGACUUCCUCGGAUCUUGCAGACUCAACGCUCAGUCCGGUAAAAAGGUCUUCUACCCGGUGUUAUUCAGCCAAUACAACCCCAAACUGAUCUACGGUGGACCCGAGCACAUCCCGCCAAUGGAGCAACAGCUGGUGAUGAAGAAAGACACAGGAUUCUGGAGAGAUUUCGGAUUCGGCAUGACCUGCCAGUACCGCUCGGACUUCAUCAACAUAGGAGGUUUCGACAUUGACAUAAAGGGCUGGGGCGGUGAAGACGUGCACCUGUACCGAAAGUACCUGCACAGCAAUCUCCUGGUGGUACGGGCUCCGUCGCGCGGCCUCUUCCACUUGUGGCACGAGAAGCACUGCGCUGACGAGCUGGCGCCCGAUCAGUACCGCAUGUGCAUGCAGUCCAAGGCCAUGAACGAGGCUUCGCACGGACAGCUAGGCAUGCUCUUCUUCCACAGAGACAUCGACGCGCACCUACGCAAGCAGAAGCCGCAACAACAACAACAGAACCCCAAGAAGACAUGAAGGCGAACAAAUACUGUACACAGCAGCACAAUACAAAUCAGCCACACGUCCAACGACAUUCACGCGUUUAUUUGCUGGGAAGCAGAGACACUUAAAGGAUGGACGGUGAACAACAGGUGAGGGGGAAACAAAUGAAGGAUUUCCUUUCAAGCCUCCAAUGGCCUUGUGAAACAUUAUUUUUAUACAACUUAUUGCCUGUAAUGUAAUCAUCGCGCCUGUAUUUAUUUAAAAUAUGAUGUAAAUAGUAAUGUGUACAAUUAUUUCGCCGUUCCUUUUUACAUACAUGCAAUUUAACUCAUUUUCAGCAACAUUUAUUAACACGAGGAAGAAACUUGCCGUUACCGUUUUAUUUUUUGCUGUGUCAUUAUUGAUAAAUAUUAUUGAUGUUGACUGAAAGCAGAGUUGCCCAAACUCAGGCUCAGGGGACCAAAGCGGGUUUUGGGUCCAUUUUCGGGGAGGGGGCUAAAAAUCUGUAAGCAUUUUAUUGAUCAUAUUUGUAUAGAAUUCAUGGUGGUUGUUGGUUCAUAUACAGUAUGUAUCCAUAUGAUACUAAUUUACAUUAUGUAUGGUAAUGAUCAGAUAAACUCUAAAUUAGCGCUUUAGGCAUUCCAAUGACCUACUGUAACUACAGUGGUGCCUUGACUUACAAGCUAAAUUUGUCUUGCAAGCACGCUUGUAAACGUAAAACACUCAUCUCAAAUCAUCGUUCCCAAUCUAAAUGAAUGGAAAUGCCAAUAAUCUGUUCCCUCCAUCCAUUUUCUGUACCGCUUAUCCUCAUUAGGGUCGCGGGCGUGCUGGAGCCUAUCCGAGCUAUCUCUGGGUAGGAGGCGGGGUACACCCUGAACUGGUCGCCAGCCAAUCGCAGGGCACACAGAAACAAACAAUCAUUCAUGCUCACAUUCACACCUACGGGCAAUUUAGAGUCUCCAAUCGACCUCCCACGCAUGGUUUUGGGACGUGGGAGGAAACCGGAGUGCCCGGAGAAAACCCACGCAGUCACGAGGGGAACAUGCAAACUCCACACAGGCGGGGCUGGGAUUUGAACCCCGGUCCUCAGAACUAAUUGGCAGAUGCGCCAACUCGUCGUCCACCGUGCCGCUUUAAUCUGUUCCACCUCCACAAAAAUAACGAUUUAUUUUGUAACAUGUUUUUAAGAAAAAUAGCACUUUAAUUUUGUUUUUAUUAAAAUUUAAUUUAAAGACAUACAGUCAUAACAUAAGUAUAUGAAAUGUAAAGAAUUAAACCGUUUGUGUAUCAUGAUUUCCUUCUUCAAUGCCCACUGACCUUGUGGUGCUCCUUCUGGUGUGUACACUUUGGCCAUCAGGGGGCAGAAUAAGACAUACAAAAUGAAUACACGAAGAAGACAGUCUCUUCUGAGCUCUGUAAAAUGCUGUAAUAUUACUCUUUUUUUGCAGAGGAUAAAGUAUAUAUGCCUGUGAGAAUUAUUAAAAUGUUUGACUUGCACCACUGGUGUUUAAAUAUCCAUUGCUUAAAGGGUACUAAUUACUGCAAUAACAAUGCUAGUUUUUUUAGCCUGUCUAUGAGGUUUUGCAUUGUGUGUUGGGAUUAAGCUAGCAGACAUUUGUAAAUUAUGAGGUUUGGUUAAAUGCAGAACGUGUAAUUAUUUUUGUUUUAUGUUUAGUUUUACAGUAACCCUAACCCUAUUUCAACUGGGAACUCAAAUUUUUUGCUCGAAACUCAAGACAAGAAAAUCUUCUGAGUGACAGCUUGUAUCUCGAAGACUUCGUAAGUCGAGCGAUCACCAUUUAUAUGCAAGCCAUGAGAAAAUCCAUCCAUCCAUCCAUCCGUCCAUCCAUUUUCUGUACCGCUUAACCUCACUAGGGUCGUGGGCGUGCUUAAGCCUAUCCCAGCUAACUGCGGGCAGGAUGCGGGGUACACCCGGAACUGGUUGCCAGCCAAUCGCAGGGCACAUUAGAAAAUAAAUUUUCCAUAAUAUAUCUUCUUUAGAAACGUUUUUUAAAAUACUUGAAUUAGCCUUUUAAUGGUCAGAAAUGGCCUUUAUUCCAAUUAAGAAUCGUGUUUCUUGCAGUGAACACGUCUGAUGUGGCUGACAUGUAAUUUGAUAUUUGACACGUUCUUUGUUUAUAGACUUGUGCUUUACUUUUACACCAUAUUAAUACUUUCGUGCAUUCAAAUGGGCGUAAAUAAAUUGCCCCCUCGUCAAGCUGCAGCCCCUGUGAUGCAAUUGCGGUGCUUGACCAAAGAUGUGAACAAUCUUAAUGUUUUUUUAAAAUGUCAUUCUUGGAACAAAGUCAUUUUUUUAUGUAUAUGUGAAUUACUUUAAUAAAUAA